GCGUCGCAGCUGCGCCCGCCAGCCGACAAGCCGGGGUGUGGGGGAGCCUCCAGGCUAGGCAUGGAGCUGCCAGACCCUGUUCGUCAGCGCCUGAGCAACUUGAGCCUCACGAUGUUCGGCGACUCCAUCCGCACCGGGCCGGAGUCCAGCGAGGCGACGGAUAAUGAAAUGGUCUCCAGCCUGCCACUACAGAUGUCACUUUAUUUCAACUCUUACUUUUUCCCACUGUGGUGGGUGAGCUGCGUUACGAUGCUUCACACGAAGUAUCCGGUCUUGCCCGAUUACUACAAAUUCAUCGUGAUCACUGUCGUCAUCCUUGUCACCUUGAUUGAAGCCAUCCGGCUGUACCUGGGCUGCCUGGGGAACCUGCAGGAGAAGGUCCCGGAGCUGGCCGGCUUCUGGCUGUUGAGCCUUCUACUGCAGUUGCCUUUAAUCCUCUUCUUGCUCCUUAACGAAGGCCUAAGGAACCUGCCCUUGGAAAAGGCAGUGCACAUCGUCUUCACUGUCUUCCUCACUUUCCAAGUCAUCUCAGCGUUUCUGACCCUGAAGAAAAUGGUCAAUCAGCUGGCAGCCCGUUUCCACCUCCAGGACUUUGAUCGGCUGUCCACAAGCAGUGCCGCCGCCGUGAGGAGGACGAGGCACUGUACGGAGGAGCUCUGAUCGGUGCUGAAACAUCAUUCAAGAAGACCGGAGACUGACAGGACAUCUGAGGUCCGGCCCGAG